GGCUUUAAGACAUUUAAAAACGUUUAUUAUGAUUUUAAUCAUUCGAUGAACAUUUGUACUCUCCCUUAAAGAAAGAUUCAACAUUUUGAAGGAUAAAGCCACUGUGAGUAAUCUGAAGAAAGAUAGGAACAAAGAUAGACGACGACUUCAGAGAGUGUCGAGACAAGAAAACUGUAGGCUCCAACAAGAGACAACAGACAAACAUCCCAAUUAAUCCGACAUUCCCGUGUCUGAAGAAGAAGACGAAGAAGACAAUUCUCUCCAUUUAAACAGCUUCUCUGAGUCGGUUAAAAUUCGUGGAAAGAUGGAGAGAGAGAGUGAAGAAGGAGGAGGAGACGUUGAUAAAAAGCUCAGACGAAGUUUCUUGGUAGGUAGUUACAGUAAAAGAGCUGGUCCUUCUACUCCUCCACCCACGUGGCGGCUCGGAGCUUCCUCCGGCAAGGAGUUUUUGGUGGAUUCGGAGGUUUCCGUCCGGAAACUCUGCGCAGAGUUGUGGGAAACCGAACAUUUCAGACCGCCGGUUGGUCUGCCACGGUGUCGUCGAAGACGUGAUUCAGAUGUGGAAUCACCUUCUGAUCAUCAGCCACCAAGUAGAGGUAGCUUGAGGAGGAGACAAAUUGUGACUGAUGAUGAUCAUAGAGUUGUCCAUAGACAUGGCGACUUGCUUCAACCAGUCACUCCUUCAAGUUCCAGCAACCAUUCGUUGGAGGCUGUGAAACGUAAGCCGUCGUUUAGUCAGACCGGUUCUUCGAUGGUUGCUAAGUCUAAUAGCUAUGAUUUGGGUUCUUCCACGAAGCUUCUCAGGGUGCUAAACCGGAUAUGGAGUCUGGAAGAACAGAACACUGCUAAUACCUCUUUGGUCAAGUCUCUAAAGAUGGAGUUGGAUGAAUGUAGAGCCGAGAUCAAGGAGGUGCAGCUUCGGGAGAAGCAGAGCCAUAGACGAAUACAUAAGAAAAGGGAGGAAGACGAAGAAGAGAUGAAGGAUGUGCUUCGUUCGAUGAAGAAAGAGCUGGACGAAGAGAGGGAAGUUAGGAAGAAGUCAGAGAGCAUGCACAGGAAGCUAACACGAGAGCUUUGCGAAGCAAAGCAUUGUUUAACAAAAGCUUUGAAAGAUCUCGACAAGGAGAGAAAAGAACGUGUUGUUGUGGAAGAUCUCUGCGAUGAGUUUGCUAAAACGGUUAAACAUUACGAAGACAAGGAGAUGAGGAGAAGGUCACUCUCAAGUAAAGAUGAUGAUUCGGUUUAUAUGCAUCAAAGGGUUUGCUUGAAAGAACUCGAAGAAGGACUCAAAAGGCGAUCGAUAAGAAGAGAUAACAAGCUGCAGCUUAAGAAGAGGUCUGAUCAACUACUUAAUCUAUCUAUGUCUUCUGAAGGAGACAAGAUUCAUCCGGAGAUUGGUACUACUCCAAAGAAGGUUGAUGAUGAUCACGAGAGUCUUGAAAAGUAUAGAACUUUUCCGAAUAAUGUGAUGGUGAGAGAGGAGAGUCGUAGUCUGAAGGACAAGCUGAUGGAAGCUCGUGUGGAGAGUCGACGUUUACGUUCUUUGAAGUCGACUCCGAGUCAUCCGGUUCAAGCCAUUUGAUUAGAGAAAUCUUUGUCUUGUCUUAUGCUUUGCUAAAUCUGUAUUUGAUAAUUAAACAUAGGGUUAACUGUGUGCUAAUUGUUAUGGAUUCUCUUAAUAUUGGUUAUAAAUGGUAAAUAGACAAGUCAAAGAUGUGUCCGUAA